AUGCCUGGCGACGCUACCGACGCCUACGCGGCUGACAAGCUUGACCCUGCCUUGAUCGACGGCAGCGGCGAUCCCAAGCGGCUCUCGGUGCAUGCUCACACGACCGAGCUGCCGCCGUUGUACAACGGCGAGCCCGUCGCGCAGAGCGAGUACUUUGACCACGACCUUCCUAUCCCCACCCAAGAGGACCUUGCGACGCUCCGCCGCGUCAGCGAGAAGAUACCCUUCAAGGCGUACACCAUUGCCUUCGUUGAGCUGGUCGAGCGCCUUUCAUAUUACGGCACGACCCAGGUGUUCGUCAACUUCAUCCAGAAGCCCAACCCUGGUACUUCCACCGGUAAAGCGCUUGACCCCGGCGCCGACAAUGCCCAGCCCGGUGCGCUCGGUAUGGGUCAGCAGGCCUCCACUGGCCUGACCACCUUCAACCAGUUCUGGGUCUUCCUCAUCCCGUUGUUCGGCGCGUACGUCGCGGACACGUAUUGGGGCCGUUACAAGACCAUCUGGAUAUCCGUGCUCACCGCCAUUGUCGGCCACGUUAUCCUGACCGCCUCGGCGGCUCCCUCCGUCAUCGCCGUCCCGCACCACGCCAUCGCGGCCUUCAUUAUCGGUCUCAUCAUCAUGGGCAUCGGAACCGGUGGUUUCAAGCCCAACAUCUCGCCGCUGGUCGCCGAGCAGAUCCCGCAGAGGAUGUACGUGCACACGACCAAGAAGGGUGAGCGCGUCGUCGUCGACCCCGCCAUCACGACGGCGCGGGUGUACAACUGGUUCUACCUCUUCAUCAAUGUCGGCGCCCUCAUCGGCCAGCUGAGCAUGGCCUACGCCGAGCGCUACGUCGGAUUCUACCUCUCCUUCCUCCUUCCCACGGUCCUUUUCUGCGCCACUCUCCCCAUCCUGUAUGUCUGCAAGGAUUGGUACCAGCACACCAAGCCCGAGGGCAGCGUCCUCGGACCCGCCGUCAAGCUCCUGAUGCUCGGCACGGGCAAGAGAUUCUCCUUCAACCCGGUCGCUUUCUACAAGCGCCUCCACGACGGCACGUUCUGGGACGACCUUAGGCCGUCCACGAUGGACCCUGCCACCCGCCCCGCUUGGAUGACGUUCGACGACGCCUGGGUUGACGAGGUCCGCCGUGGCUGGAAGGCGUGCAGCGUCUUCCUCUGGCUUCCGCUGUACUGGAUCACGUACAACCAGCUCAACAACAACCUGACGUCGCAGGCCUCGACCAUGGCUCUGCACGGCAUCCCGAACGAUGUCCUCGCUAACCUCGAUCCAUUCGCGCUCAUCAUCUGCAUCCCGCUCUGCGACAUCUUCAUCUACCCCGCUCUCCGUAAGGCCGGCAUCAGGUUCACGCCGAUCAAGAAGAUCACGGCCGGUUUCUUCUGUGGCAGCGCAGGCAUGAUCUGGGCGUGCGUGCUCCAGUACUACAUCUACAAGAGGAGCGAGUGCGGUAACCACGCGUCGGACUGCCCCAACGUCGACAUCAACGUGUGGGCGCAGACGGGAGCGUACGUGCUCAUCGCCAUCUCGGAGAUCUUCGCGUCCAUCACGUCGCUCGAGUACGGGUUCUCGAAGGCGCCGAAGAACAUGCGUUCGCUCGUCGCGGCCUUCGCGCUCUUCAUGUCCGCCAUCUCCGCCGCCAUCGGCGAGGCCUUCAACCCGCUCUCCGCCGACCCGCUGCUCGUCUGGAACUACGGCUCCAUGGCAGUCAUCGCCUUCGUCGGCGGUGUGCUGUUCUGGCUGUCCUACCGCACGCUCGACGCGCAGGAGGACGAGCUCAACAUGCUGCCGACGGGCCACUUAGGCACCAAGGCGCAGAGCCAGGAUAUCGAGAACAAGUUGAACGGGUCGUUGGACGAGAAGCACUCAAUGUAA